AUGGAGUUUGACGACGAGGGAAUGGCCUUCGCGCCAUCGUCCCGAUCCGGGAGCAGAACACCCCGCAAAGCGCCCAAGCAGACGCCCCAAGGAACAGUCAAGCAAUUCUGGGCCCAAUUCAACACGAAGUACCCAGGGAAGGUCUUUACCGUCCUCCCGGACAACCCCUACGCGCGCAGCAAGGCCGCGCAGUUGCCCAAGGGUGUCGUCCAGGGCCACGAUGCGGUGAAAUCGUACGAGCAGGCGAGGAAGGAGUGCGUGCGCGCCGUCGAGCGCAUUGUGCGCGAGUGCAAACGCGUCAAUCAGAAGUAUACCGAUCCGCAUUUCGAUAUCGAGUUUGAUCUCAAGUCCGGUAGGAGGGAUUAUCUCGAUGGGCUGGAUGGGACUAACGUGGAGAUGCGUCCGAAGGGUGUGAAGAGAGUAACUGAUAUCUUCGAGAACCCGCAAUUCUACAUCAACGGACCGACGGCAGGGGAUGUUCGCCAGGGACGCGAUGGCGAUUGCUGGCUGAUGGCCGCCCUCUGUACAUUAGGCAACAAGAAGGAACUAAUCAACAGGAUCUGUGUUGCUCGCGAUGAGCAGGUUGGAGUCUACGGGUUCAUUUUCUACAGAGACGGCGAAUGGCAACAGUGUAUCGUCGACGACAAGCUUUACCUCAGAGCGGCAGAUUACGACGAGUCGAUUGAUGAACGCCCGAUUUGGGACGACAUCAACCGCACAGACACCGAAGAGGAAUAUCGCAAGGUCUGGCAGACCGGGUCGCGAGCAUUGUAUUUCGCGCAGUGCGCCGAUGAGAACGAGACCUGGCUGCCGCUGCUGGAGAAGGCCUAUGCGAAAGCACACGGCGACUAUUCUGCAAUCGAGGGGGGCUUUGUGGGGGAGGCGAUCGAAGAUCUGACCGGCGGUGUCACGUCGGAGAUCCUGUCCAGCAACAUUCUGGACAAGGACAACUUCUGGAAAGAAGAACUCAUGAACGUGAACAAGGAAUUCCUGUUCGGCUGUGCCACCGGCAUGUUUUCGAACUGGCUGGAUCCGAAAUACACCGGACCCCCGCGAGACCGCAAAGGCAUUUCCGAGGGACACUCGUACUCGAUCAUGGAUGCCAAGGAGAUUGACGGCGUGCGCUUACUUCGGCUGAGAAAUCCUUGGGGCAAGAAGGAAUGGAGCGGGGCGUGGAGUGACGGCUCUGAGCAGUGGACACCGCAAUGGAUGGAACGGCUCAAUCACAAAUUUGGCAAUGAUGGGGUGUUCUGGAUCUCGUACGAGGAUCUGCUCAAGAAGUAUCAGCAUUUCGACAGGACCCGUCUUUUUGGCCCGGAAUGGACCGUCACUCAGCAGUGGACCAGUCUCAACGUGCCGUGGUCGGCAGACUACCACAGCACUCGAUUCGUGAUCGAACUGACCAAGACGAGCCCUGUGGUGGCCGUUUUAUCUCAGCUCGAUGCUCGCUAUUUCCGAGGGCUGGAGGGGGAAUACAAUUUCACGCUCCAGUUUCGACUCCAAAAGGAAGGCGAGGAAGAUUACAUCGUCCGUAGCCGGAACAACUACAUGAUGUCCCGGUCCGUGAAUACGGAGAUCACGCUGGACGCCGGCCGGUACUCUGUCCUCGUCAAAGUGACCGCCUAUCGGCGCAACCACGCGGUCACGGUCGAGGAAGUUAUCAGACAGAACGCCUCGACACGGCGCGAGAAGCUCGUUCAGAUCGGGCUCUCGUACGACCUGGCACAUACAAAGGGUCUUGUGUUGGAAACCGACGAGGAGAAGAAAGAGCGGGAGGAGCGGGAGGAGCGUCAUCGGUUUGCGGAGCGCCUCAAGCUGCGCGAGCAGACGAUCAAGAGACUGCAGAAGCAGUGGAUCCGGGACAAGAAGAUGGAGGCUCGGCGGCAGAGGCAGGCUGAGAGAGAAGCCCUCCGACGGGCCGCAGCGAGAUCGCACGCGGGCAAUGGCGACCAUGUCGAUGUCGAGUAUUCGGACAAUGAGGCCAAAAUCUCGGAUGAUACUGGUUUUGAGAUGGGCCAUUCAAAGCGUUCUCAUGUCAAUGGCAAUGGCAAUGGACCCGCAUCCACGAGAAAACAUCGACAGUCCAGCCGGCCGCCACGGCCUAGUCUGAACACGAGUUUGACGAGACCCGGGUGUCGCGACGACCAGGAGCUGCUGCAGGACUUUGAAUUCGACUCGGACCUCGACAUGCCCGAGGAGAGUACAUGUACUCCAGACAACAAACAGCCGCUGCCCGACAGUCCUCCUCCUCCUCCUCCUCCUCCGUCUUCAGACAUGAAUGAAGUGACAGACGAUCCCUGGAAUGCAGUCUGUGUAGUUGGGCUGAAGGUCUUUUCAAAAGACCCGCAGCUGCGGCUGCAGGUGGUGCGGCCCAAGGCUGACGACGGCGAAGCACCGCUUGAUCGUGAUGAUCCGGCGUGUAUACAAUUACAUGAAUUGUACAUUACAGCUGAUCUGAAUAAAUGGUUAAUCCGUAUCUUAUCGGAGCUCCCAGCUCCCCUCGCCUCGGUCUCCGCCAAGAGACGAUUAAUUAUUCCUGCUCGACCUCACCGACCAGACAGACACACGCAAUCAAUCAAUCAAUCUUUCUACAACCCCGGAGAUAAUAACGAUGGCGCUAUGCGCCUCCUCCUCCUCCCCCUGGCCAAAUCUCCUUAUCGACUACGCUAUCCCGGCGUAGGCCCUUGCCAGCCACUUUUCAGCUUUUCCUACGCGGUUCCGACACGUUCGCGUCGCGCCGGACGGUCCUUUUUCUACUACUACUUCUUUUCCCCGUCGCGGACUUAUGCUUCUGCUAAUGCAAAUGCUGCUGCUGCGCCAUUUACCGAGGAGACUGUCCAGGUACCGGUUGGAGGGAAUGGGUGUGUGCGUUUGAGCGUGCUUCAUCCUCCCCGCGUUGCAGCAACGAAACCCGCGCGUCCGAAUGUGAUUCUCUACUUGCCUCCCGGACCGGUGUUUUCACGGCAAGAGCGCGAUGUAAAGGGUGGUAAUAGUGAUGGGGCGGGUGGAGAGAACGAUGCCAGUUCGACAGGAUCGGCGGAUUCGGAGGAAGGAGAAGGCAAACAACUCAGGAGGGAUUCACCUCAACAUGUCCUCGCCUCGACGACUACGUCUACGGUGGUGACAUUGAACUAUCGGCUGGGAUAUAUGCCAGGCGAGCAGGCCGUGGCUAAGCAGUCGCCCCCGCAACAACAACAAUUCUACAAAUAUCCGACGCCAGUGCAUGACACCCUCGCCGGGCUUGACUGGAUUCUGCAGGAGCUUCAACCCGCCCAACUAUUCGUUUUUGGAACGCAUGUCGGCGGCUCGUUGGCCCUCAUGCUGGCCCUGACAGAGGCUCGGCAUAUCCAGGCGAUUGCGGCGUAUGAGCCGAUCUGCGACUGGACCGAACUGGACGAGUAUUGCACGAUCGCGCCGGAAGAUAUCGAGAAGGCCCUAACUCCGAGCACGGUCAAGGGUCGCGGGACAGAAAAAAAGGAGAAGGAGAGGCAGCGCGCGAUGGAAUUACUCCUAGCGCAGAUCAAGAGGAAGACGACGCGACGAAGGAGAGGUCCUGCGCCUGUCGAUCUGGUGCCCUUGCUCGAUGCGCGCGAGCGAUUCUUCGACACGCCGGAAAAGUAUUUUGACUCAUUCGCGUCGCCGAUGAUCUUCCUCCGGUCGCCUGGGAAAGACGUUCCGAAGACGUCCCCCAAGUACCAUACCGGACCGGAGUAUCCGGUGCCGGUGCUGCAGAUACCGCAGCUGAAGGAGGAGGAGCUCAUUGAUCUGUGGGACAUGUUCAUGCUGCCUGACGAGGAGAUGGCUGCUGCCUCGACAGCGACAGCCAGCGCCGAAGACGACGAGGAACGGCCGAUGCGUCGACGCAAAGCGCUCUCGCGCUGGCCGCCAUAUGGGUUGGAGGACGGGGUGAGCGCGCCCAGCUGGGAGAAUUACGGCAUCCGACGGCUGGAGGUGACGUUGCCAUGGGUGCGGCUUUUCGCUAGCGGUCCUGCCGGGGGGUCGUCUGUAGAAGCUGGGGCUGAAUCCAGUCCCAACUCUGGGGGUGGCGAGACCGAAGGCACUCCCCGUAGACGUCGAUCGUCAAACGAGAGGACCGUCCUGGCUCGACAGGCAGAGGAGAUGGUCUCGGUGAUGCGUCGGGCCUGUUUCUGGGGUCGCGAGAAGGGGUAUGGAGAGAGAAGGGUAGAAUUGAGCUGGACGCCAAAGAUGUCGUCGGCAGGGAAUGAGCCAGAACCAAAGCUGAAGAGUCCUGCAUCCGCUCACACUGUCGAGAAAGAGGCGGGCUACUGGUUCCGGGAGAUAAUGGAGGUAAACGCCAGUGGCAGCUCGUGA